AUGGUACAGAAACGCCAUGCUACGCAAGCCCUAGUACCAAAAAACCGCCGCAAACGCAGAAAGCUAGCACACAGAGCACGGAAUGGCUCUCUCGGGCAGUCUAAGUCUCCCAAUCCACUCGGACCUAGUUCUCCAUUACUCACGGUGGAAGACGACCAGACGCCAUACCGAAAAGAAGAUGUGAAUCGAGUUUCAACUUCUCCCGUUUCUCCAAUUAGUAUCCUAAGGAUGCCCAAUGGUUCCCCAUCCUCAGGCUAUCCAAUGUUAUCGCGUGAGCGCGAAGAGGAGAUUGUGAUAUUGCACGUUAGGCCUUUUGUGGAUCCGAACGCGAAGGAGUAUAGUACGAAUACAGGAGCAGGCAAACAGGAACACUCACCUGGCGUGUCUAUCGAUACUGCAUAUACGCCAGACGUCUCCCGCCUGAUAUCGAAUACCGGUGCAACGAAGGGAUCCUGGACGGCUGGAGUCGAUGAACAUACAUGGUACGGUGGCGAGGAUGAGGAAGAACAGCAACAAGAUCAUUCCAGAACGAUGGAGAAAGGAAACAAAGGAAAAAAAACCGAGGCAGUGUUUCAGAAUGCAACGACCCUUUCCUCGGAGGCGGAAGAGCAGCGCGUUGCUCUUGAAUACGAAGAUAUGCCAGCUGAUUGGGCCAUAACGUUGGAAGCGGAGCUGGAAGCUGCUUAUAGUCAGCGACAGCAUCUAUCGGCCGUCUUUUCGCCAGCUGUCGUCCUGGAGAAAGAAGAUGCAGAAGUACACCAAAGCUCGCGAAAGAGAGUGAGUUUUGGGAAGAAAGCAGAUCAGGAUAUCACCAUAGAUCUGUCUCCUACUCCAAAGGAGACAGACAUCUCGACCUCCAACGCGACGACCUCUGGUGAAAACCCUGAAGCCGCCAAAUGGUUGUACCCCUCCUCCCGCAGCGCCUCGACAAACUUGCCGUUACAUCUGAAAGUCGCAGUCGUCGCCCACGGUAUUCCAAACAGCCUUGAGGAGCUCGAAGAUCUUGCCGCAGGCCUCGCGAAGGACAUGAACCUCGCUCCGGUGCCCGGUUUCUUGGAUGCUUAUGGCGGGCAUACCCUUAACUUGAGCUGGGAGAUGCAGAAAUUUGGUCUGGAUCCUCAUUCGCGCUUUGAGGAACGCCAGGAUCAUAGCGAUACGUUGUUACGUCGAUUGAACUUUACUUCCAAAACAAACUCCCUGGAUUCGAGGAGUAGAGGAAAAGAACUGGAAGCACAUGAGAAGUACGAGAAGUUCGAUAAACCCGAGGAGUCUAAGAUGAAUUCUCGAGGGCAGUCUCAAACCCCUUCCAUUCCAGAACCACUCGUUCAAGAGAGUGAACAGAGCUAUGCUGCUCAAGCUGAACCAGCAAUUGACCCUACCAUACACCAGAGCUCGGUAUCGGAGCGCUCACACCCGAAGAGUUCCACAAAUAAUAACAUGCUCGACACCGAGUAUAUGAGCGCUUCCUCAGUAAGCUUGGCCACGCCUGUCGAAUGUCGAAACUGCAGCCAGUGGUCCCACGAAACGUACAUCAAAGCCCACCGACAGAUCUGCAGACCGAUGACGAUCUGUAGGUACUGCGGCUUGUCGAUGACGAAAAACGAAUUUCACCGUGGAAGACAUCUUGACAACUGCAAGGGGAUACCUCCUCGACCACCACCUCUGAUAGAGCAGGUAGCAGAAGCAACAGGACAUACCGAAUCGCUAGGAGAUGAAUCCCGUCGUGUCCAUUGCGCAUUCUGUUGCCGUUCAAUCUGGAGUACAGAACUUGAGGAACAUUCGCUGGUCUGCAGACCGAUAGUCAAAUGCAUAGGCUGUGAGAUAGUCAUGACUGAGGACGUUUUCUAUCGGAGCAGCAACCAUCGUGCCGACUGCAGAGGAAUGGAACGUGCGCAUGUGCAGAGCGAAACACCUCACCGGCAAACCCACCAAACGAAUACUGCAGAUUCAUUUGGGAAUAAUCUACAGGAAGCGGCGCAAACUAGGUCAUCCCCUGCACAUCUUUCUUCGCCUUACGGGAUGCUGAUCGGGAACGCGAAUCAGGAGAUCGAACAUGGUGGGCUCCAACAGCACUACAUGAAUCCGGCUGUAAAUUGGGCAGACAACAACAAUGGCAUAUUACAUCCACUACCAAGUGGUAUCAUGGUUCAAUCAGCCUUGCAGGAUGUUCGUGUACCGUCUUUUGAGAUGUCUACCCGCCAAGCAAGCAAAGCCAAACUGUCAGUCCUGGGCAAGUAUCAAAAGGCGAAUCAAACCAUGCACGGAGACUCAACCAAAGAGAGCACACGCCUGCGACUAUGGGUUCAGAAGCUGGAGAACGAGAACGACGAUCUGAAGAAGCAACUAAAGCACGAAAGACUGUCGAAGACAAAUUUUGGAGAGCCAGUUAAUGGGAAGAACGAUGAAACACAAGCGACAGCACCGGAGACGGGGAAAACAGGCGGAGACUUGGAUGAAAAGAUCAGUGAUGAAAACGGAUUGCUCGAAAAACGGAUUGGUGCUUUGAAUAAGGAGAACCUUGACAUGAGGAAGCUUUUGGCCAAGGGAUGGAGACAUCCGGGAUAAUAACGAUGGAAGAAAUACAUGGGAGGUUUAUUGAACACAGGUCUAUCUACAC